GUCUCCUGCUGGACUCCAGCUCCCAGACAUCCCGGCUCUCUCCGCCAGACAUGGCAGCUCCGUCCGCGGACACAUGCGGGCCGCUGGAGCGGUCCGUCCGGCAGCGGGUCCCGCCGCUGCUGACCGACCUGUACCAGUUCACCAUGGCGUACGCGUACUGGCGGGCCGGCCGGCACCGGGAGACGGCCGUGUUCGAGCUGUUCUUCAGGGACAACCCGUUCUCCGGCGGCUUCUCGCUGUUCGCAGGGCUGCACGACUGCCUGCUGUUCCUGCGCGGCUUCCACUUCACGGACCAGGAUGUGGAGUUCCUCCGCUCCGUCCUGCCCCCCACCACCGACCCCGCCUUCUUCGUGUUCCUGCGGGGCCUGGACUGCUCCGGCGUGACGCUGCGCUCCGUGUCGGAGGGCACGGUGCUGUUCGCCCGGGUGCCCCUGAUGGAGGUGGAGGGCCCGCUGGCCGUGGUCCAGCUGCUGGAGACCAGUCUGCUGUGUCUGGUGAACUACGCCAGCCUGGUGUGCAGCAACGCUGCCCGUUUCCGCCUGGCGGCCGGACCUGGCCGGAAGCUCCUGGAGAUGGGCCUUCGCCGGGCCCAGGGCCCCGACGGCGGCCUCACGGCGUCCCGCUACUCCUACAUCGGAGGGUUCGACCUCACCAGCAACGUUCAGGCCGGGUUCCUGUUUGGGAUCCCCGUGGCGGGGACCAUGGCGCACUCCUUCGUCACGUCCUUCACCUCCCUGGAGGAGGUGUGGCCCCAGACUCUGGCGGCGGCCGACGGCGACGGCGACCCCGUGGACGUCAUCUCCCUGACGAAGGGGAUGCUGAACCGCGUGUGCAAGCUGCUGGGAGCCGAGCCGGGGAAGAUCCGCGAGGGCGAGCUGGCCGCCUUCGUGUCCUACGCCAUCGCCUACCCACACAACUUCCUGCCCGUGAUCGACAGCUACAGCGUCAGCUGUAGCGGGCUGCUGAACUUCUGCGCCGUGGCCUUGUCCAUGUACGAGCUGGGCUACCGGCCCGUGGGCGUGCGGCUGGACAGCGGGGACCUCUGCAGGCAGUCGGUGGAAGUGCGUCGGGUCUUCAGGCUCUGCAGCCAGCACUUCUCCAUCCCGGCCUUCGACUCGCUGAUCAUCGUGGGGACCAACAACAUCUCGGAGAAGAGCAUGGUGGAGCUCAACAAGAAGGAGAACGAGAUCAACGUGGUGGGCGUCGGCACGCACCUGGUCACCUGCACCAAGCAGCCGUCGCUGGGCUGCGUGUACAAGCUGGUGGAGGUGAGAGGAACCCCCAGGAUGAAGAUCAGCGAGGACCCUCAGAAGAGCACCGUCCCCGGGAGGAAGGCCGUCUACCGGCUCAUAGACGCCGAAGGUCAUCCGUUCCUGGACCUGCUGUGUCUGGAGGCCGAGCCUCCGCCGGUGGCGGGACGCCCGCUGAGCUGCUUCCCUCUGGGCUCCGACGACUCGCCGGCCUCCGUCACUCCCGCUCAGGUGACCUGCCUGCGGCAGGAUGUGUUCAGCCAGGGACAGGUCACGCACCCUCUGUGCAGCGCCUUAGAGACCCGAGCCAAGGUCCAGAUCUCCCUCCAGACCCUGCACUCCCGACACAAGCGUCUGCAGGAGCCGGACGCCUACACGGUGGCGCUGUCGCAGAAACUCCACGACCUGGUGGGCGAGCUCCGGAAGUGCAGCAGCGGCCACAGCAGCUUCCUCCUCGCCAACUGAGGUCGUCCUCAACCGUUUCUCCAAAGUGCCUGAAAGUUAAAGAAAUUCAUGUGUCAGUGGACAGAGGGGGGGGCGUUUCCAGCCCAGGGCCCCCCCGGUUCCCCCCCCGGGGGCUCAAAACGACUCACAUCCGUCCGUUGA